AAUGUGUCUGUAUAAUAAUGAGAAUCGAUUAUAUGCAGAAUGUUAGAUAUUGAGUGGGUGUAUUUUGGUAAAAUGUGUGAUAUAAAGUGGUUUUGUUUUGUGUUAAGUUGAAGUUUAAUUUAUUUUAGACAUGUAUAACUUUUAGUUUACUCAGAGACAUAAAGUUUGUUUAGAAUAGUAACAGCGUCUGCAAGCCACACUCAAUCGAGGCUGAUGCCUUCUCUGGCCUUUUACCCUCAUCAAAAGCCCACUUUCAGUAGGGCUGGUGAUUCAGGGCUUGGCCUGUAUGUGUGUUCGUCAUGGUGUCUACUCAAGGAGAGAUUAGAAUUGGACCGUCUCAUCAGGCACGUCUCCCAGAAUAUCGCACCACAGUAAGCAGUGCUGGUGAUCCUGAGUUGAGCAAAGAACGAGAGGAGCUAAGAUGGCUGCCGGCCAUGGCACUAGACGGAGACCUGCUCAUGUACUUGCGCGCAGCUCGAUCUAUGGCUGCGUUUGCGGGCAUGUGUGACGGCGGGUCUGCGGACGACGGCUGUGUGGCCGCCAGCAGAGACGAUACCACCAUCAACGCUCUUGAUGUUCUUCACGAUUCAGGUUACGACCCAGGAAAAGCUUUACAAGCACUAGUCAAGUGUCCUGUUCCCAAAGGAAUCGAUAAAAAGUGGUGCGAAGAAGAAACGAAACGCUUUGUGAAAGGAUUACGGCAGUUCGGCAAGAACUUCUUUCGGAUUCGAAAAGACCUCCUGCCUCACAAAGACACUUCAGAGUUAGUGGAGUUCUACUACCUGUGGAAAAAGACUCCCGGUGCUACCAACAACCGGCCGCACCGGCGCAGACGCCAAGGUUCUCUCCGGCGCAACCGGAACACACGUCAGACCCGCGGCGGUACACCUCAUAAUAACAGUCCCUCAUCUCAGGACACAAACGCUACCGGUGGAUCCAGACCCUCACCUAAUCCAAAGGAGCAAGGAGAAGGCAGCUCGGGUAGUGAAGAGGAGAAUUCAGAAGACGAUUCAGACUCCAGAGAUCAAGGCAUUAACCGCUGCCAGCACUGCUUCGCCACCAGUUCAAGGGAGCUGGCCGUCUGUGGCCCCAAAAACCCUACCCUGGUGUGUGAGCAGUGUCGCCAACACUAUACAAAGAACGGAUCACUGCCCAAAGAACGGUCGGAUGCGCCUUACCUGUUCCGGCCCGUGCAGACAGACUCUCCCGACGGCUCUCCUGGCCGAAUGAGGACCCGCAACAAGGCUAAGGAAACUCCGACCAAGGGCACGGGCGCUUGUGGCAGACCCAAACGCAGCAGUGGCAGUAACACUCCGGACCCGGAGGUGGACAAGAAGUCCGGCGGCAGUAGCUCGGGACAGAGAAGCAACUCACCCGGCGGGGCUAAGAAACGGUUGUGUGUUGACAAAAUAAAAACGGAGUCAUCAAGUAAGCCUCGGAAGCGGCCUCCCACCGAGGCGGAGGGCGAGGAGGAGACAAAACGCAAGAGAGAGCGACCAGACAGUCCCUCGGAGAGUGUGACCUCGGACAGCGGAUCUGUGGUGGACGAGAGUGAGACUACAGAGCCAGCUAACCUGGACUUGGGCGAGAGUAACCCUCCGUGUGAGACUGCGGCAGACGACAAUAUGCCAGCUGGCACAGUCAAGGAGGAGGAGGACGCGCCUCCACCACCCUCCCCACUCUCAGAAAACUCUCAACUACCUGUCUUCAAAGUGGAAGACUGCAACGUUGUAUUCAACGUGGGAGUGCCUAAGAAAGAGCCUUUGGAUACACCGGUUAGUGUCAAAGAAGAGCAAAACAGUGAGUGUAAUCCGACAACAGAAAAUCAGACAUUCAACCAACCCCAACCCCCUUCACCACCAGUGCCAGAAGAGGACGUGAAAAUUAAAAUUCCAGACAUUAAACCUAAAACAGACGACAAUUUCUUUUCAUUAUCGGUUCUCUCGGAUAGAGUCAUCGAUCCACCGGGAUCCGGGCCUCUGCCGAAAGCCUUUGAUGAGAUCCCGAUGCCUGGAAAAUUGAGUGUGAAACGAGAAGGGUUGUUCGAACCUGUGAAAACUGAGAGUGUGAUAGUUCCGAUGAUUGCGCCGGUAGAGAAUUUCGUGCCCAAGGAGGAGAUGAAUGACUCUCCUCCACCGCUUCAGACACCUGCAGAACAGCGGACAAUUACGACACAAUCACAGACUGUGACGAUUAAACCUGAGGCUAAUGAAGACUCUAUGUCAAAUGAGACAUCAGGACCCCCUGCAGCAGACCUCACAGCUCCCACUCUCUCACCCCUACCUUUGACUGCCUACGCACCCAACUCUCCGAGACAGCCUCCUCCGGACACUCAUCAUGAUGAUAAGUCUGGCAUUAUCGUCCCAGCAUUCUCUGUUGCUUCAGAAGAAAAACCGACUCUAAACAUACCGUCAGUCCCAUCCGGAUUGUCUGGCCCCAGCCCGUUCUCCUCCUUCUACCAUCCCCAUUUUCAUCCUCAUCAAGGGAAAAUGAACCCUUCGCCGCCUUCGUACUUGGGCUCUGGACCACAAAGUGAACCUCAAAACUUAAAAAUCAAACAAGAAGUUAUUCCUCCAGACUCAAUACAACCCUCUUCUGACCCCUUGCAGUCUCUCAAGGAAGUUAAAGUUCCUGGUUACUCCAGUUCAUCCUCAAUUUCUCAACCACUGAUGCCAACAUCAAUGCCACCAAAUUCCCAAGCAGAUCUGAAUACCACCUCACAGUCCUCUUCUCCCUUUCAAAGUGUUGGUCCCAGUGUGGAUAGUAUUAAGAAAGAGCCGGAAAGUUUCCAUCCGAUUCGAACUAAUACACCUAGCAAAAGUCCUUCUGUCAAGCCGAUAGAAACCACUCCCAUAGCUUCUCCCGCUCCUCGGUCUUCCUCCACUCACACCCCUCCUUUCCCCCCUCCACCUCCUCCGGUAUCACACAGUGCGACAAAUCUCAUCGCUCCGUCACCCACUUCAGGGAACCCUCCGAGUUCACUUCCUCAGCCGAUGCAUCCUUCACAGCAACCUUCCCCUCUGAGUAGAGUCUCCCCCGGCCAUCUAGCUCAUCCUCACGCCUUUGUUCCUGCCAUGCCUCAUCCCCAUCACGCUCUAAUUCACCACCCACUGUUUGCCGCCGCAGCAGCUCACGCGGCCGCAGUACACCACAGUCCGUAUCACCCGCAUCACCCCUACGGAUAUCCACCGUACCCCUUCUCCUAUGGACCCUACCCCAUCCCGCAGCCCGUGCCUCCUCCCCAGAAGAGGGACAGUCUCGAGACGACCAUGAUGACGUCUCAUCACUCCAGUGUGACUACCAGGUCCUUGAGGGAAGUAGAGACACGUGAGGAGAGCAAUCACCACACGACACAGGAGAUCACUCAGACUCAUCACCACUCUACAAGUCACCACUCCUCCGUACAUCACCAUGGGGGAGAGAAACAGCCUCUGACCAUCAGUCACUCCACCACCUCCAGCAGCUCUGCUAGUGUACAGCACAAGAUCAACUCUACCAAGAGAGGCACCAGCCCAGCCGCCACACAGUCGAGCUGUCACCUGUCGGCCACUCUGUCGCAGACGACGUCCUCCUCCUUGUCUACCAACCACCAACACUCACAUCACCAUCAGAGUGUGACAGGAGAACGACUCAGUCCAGGGAUGGGCUCUUCUCCUCUCCAGCUAGGGUCCAGACCCGUGGCCGGAGGUGUCGGCUCCAAGCCUCACCCCCACAUGAUGGUACACCCUCAUCACCCUAUGUUGGCCCCCACCAGCUCACUGGAGGCUCUGCGGGCCCACGCUCAGGCUGCCGCUCAUGCUUCACAUCCAGGUGGAGGUAUGCUGGGACAUCCUGCGUUCCUGUCACCAGAAGGUGCCCGAGGUCCGGAGCCGGAGGUGAAGCCGGAGCCACUGACAGUGUCUGGGGACGAGGGGGGAGGUGUGGAGGAGGAGGAGGCUCCUUCCCCCACUCAGCAGCCCCGAGGACCUUCACCUGAACCUAAGAUCGAGGACUCCGAGUGCCACCGGAGCCAGUCUGCUAUAUUCUUAAGACACUGGAACAGAGGAGACUACAACUCGUGUUGCCGCACUGACCUGACGUUUAAACCUGUGCCUGACACGAAGCUGGCUCGCAAACGGGAGGAGAGGAUCAGGAAACAGGCGGAGAAGGAGCGAGAAGAGAGGGAGAAGGCUCAAGCGAGAAAGAUAGCAACACCAGAAAAGCCUGAGGCAUCCAAGCCACCCUCUCGAGGACCUAUAGAGUCUAUCAGCUCCCCGUAUGACAGAUUCCCUCGUGGCGGCUACCCAGACACACCUGCACUGCGGCAGCUCAGUGAGUACGCUAGACCACACGGAGGGUUCUCUCCAGUCACACUACAAAGGUCUGCAGCUCUAGGUCUGCCACCUCAGUGUAUAGAUCCAAUGCUGCACUACCAGCUGAACUCCAUAAACUCUAUGUACGGCCCGGCCGCCAGGGACAGGUAUCCUGGCCUGGGUCCCGGAGGUCUACACCAGUUCAGCUUGUAUCCUGGUCCUGGAGGCCCCAGUCAGGCUGCUGCUCUGUCUCAACUGGAGAGGGAAAGGAUGGAGAGAUUAGAAAGAGAACACCAGAAACACCAAGUGUACAACCCUUACACAUACGCAGGUAUCCCAGCGCCAGGGCCGAGUGGCAACGCACCUCCCCCUGGCGGACCUCCUCAGCAGCAGCAGCAGCAACCCUCCUCGGCUCUAGACGCUGAGAGGCUCACACUCACGACCGACCCCAUGGUCAGGCUGCAGAUGGCCGGGAUAUCUCCGGAGUACCACGCACACACCCAUGCGCACACACACGCUCACUCUCACACACACCUACACCUCCAUCCUGGACAACAAGCGGGGGGCAAUCCUUCAGCUCCGGCCCCGCCUGACCCCGGCACUGCCUUUCCCCUACCAGCGACAGGCAGUGGAGGUUAUCCGCGGCCCAGCCUCUUGCCACCCCGCGAGGCUGCCCUAGCCCUCCACCAUCCCUCUGAGCUACUGGCUCGCCCCUACGCAGACCAGCUUGCACAUCAGGCUGCGGCUCACGAGCACUUGCAGCGACAGAUGUUGUUGGAGAGAGAGAGGUUCCCGCAUCCGUCACUGGUAGCUCAUCAUGAGGAGUAUUUACGACAACAAAGGGAGAGAGAGCUGAAGGUGAGAGCUUUAGAAGAGGCAGCCAGAGGCUCCAGACCCUAGACGUACAACACUGUCAUCCAGAUGAGGAUUGAUGUGAUGAGGUUAAGCUUCAAAGCACUGUGUGCCGAAGUUCUCCAGCAAAUUUCUGAUUUAACUGGACGUUUUGACCAAUUAAAAUGCUUCUUACGUUUUGAUUUAGCAUAACUUCAAGUUUAUUUGAGCGCUUUGUGUAAUAAUGUUCAUUUCUAUUGUGAUAUUAAAUUUUUGUGUUCCUGUUUCUUUUGGUUCAAGGAAAUACUUAAGUAGUUGUAACAUGAAACGUACAAACUGCCCUUAGGUGCUGUAGUGUUUCGUUGUACAUAUUGCAUGUAUAUACUGUUUUGUAAUAUUAUAAAUGAUAUAUUUAUAUACUUUUCAUAUGUCUAUAACGUUUAAAGAUUGUGAAUGGUUUUGGAUUCUAUAUUUUGUCUGACGCUUGUUUAAACAGUUUAGAAUUGUCUUGUGGUUUUGAAAGCGAUUUUUGUUUUUAAAAUUUGUUGAAUCCUUAAAAUUUUUUUGUUAAUUGUUGUAAACAAUAAAUAAAUAAAUAUAAUUUCUGAUUGUUGAACAACUAAAUAUGUUUAUAUGAUGGAUGGGCAUUACAGUUAGACUAUUAUGAACUAAAAAACAUAAAAUGAAAAUGUUUAUUUAAUGUAAUAUAAUCGCUAGGUUUGCUUCUUAUUUACAUAUGAAUGUAAAAGGAAAUCAUGAGUAGACAUGAAAAUGAAAAUUUAAAAAAGCAAGAAAAGUAAAGCAAAGUGUAUUAAUUUUAAAGAUUCCUGAAGAUUUGCAACAACAAUAAAAAUAUUGAUAUUGAUAUUUCUCACUAUUGGUUACUUAUUUAUUUUUUACAAACAUUCACAUUUAAAGUAUUUUUUCCUACAGUUACCUAACAAUGUACAUGUUCUCUCACUGAUUUGAGAAAGCAAAAUGGCCAAUUCGCUCAUCAGUGAGACAAUGUUAACAUUGUCUCACUCUAAUUACUUUGUCUCACUCCAUAUUUGCAACAUGAAGGCACGAAAUAGUGAGCGAGUAACAUGCAGGCAACUACGUUGGCAGCACUGGCUAUGAAUCAGCUGGUCAGCUGUUGUACUGUUGUAUCUGUCACUUCACAUUAAAUGUUAUAUUAAAAGUUUACUUCUGUGUAAAAAUAGGUUAUGUUUCUUCACAAAUUUAUUUGUUUUAUGAUAACUGUAGGAAAAGUAUAAUGUGCAACUCGAGUUCAAAGUACAAUUGCCUCACUCGAGAAACCAUUCCUCACUCGCCUACGGCUCGUGAGUAAGGAUUUCUCUUGAGUGAGUCAAUUGCUCACUUUUCUCACUAGUUGCACAAAUAACUAUUUGUUCAAUCCCUUAAAAUAAAGAUUAAAAAUCUGUAAAGUUCUUUUCAAUUAUCCUGUACAUAAAAAAAUGUAUUAUAAAGUGUAUUUGUUCAAGUACUCAGUACUUUUUAAUUGUUGUACCUCUCAAAUGGUUUCUUGUUUUAUUUAUCAAUUUGUUUUUUAUUCUUUUUUAGUUGAAAUUGACAUGUAAUAUCCAAGAAUAUUAUCCAAAGAUGUAGUUAAUUCGCUCAGUACUUGUCAGGGUCUCCACUCAAACAUGAAAGUCGUAAAACCUUGAAUGAUACAUGAGGUUUUUCUGCUGUAGCCUAAAACAAAACGGAAUAAGCCAAGAGUUUUGUGGUAGGGUAAACCUUAAAUUGAGGAUGGGGGAUCCUUGAUCAUCCAUAUUUUUUUACACUGACAGUAUUGAGGAAACUCUGAUUCUCUUUGUGACUUCAGAUUCACAGUGAAAUAAUUUACCUUGACCACGGUGACACGAUGUAAUUAAUGAUAACCUGGCCCCACGAUCAUGAUGGCAUCAGGAUUUUUUACUUAUCUAAACUUAUGAUACAGCUUUUGCAAUUUCUCGAUUCCGGUCUCGAAAAAGCCAAAAUUAAUUAAAUCCCAUAAAAUGGGAUUGGAGAUUUCUUCUGUUGGAUAUUCAACAUCCUGACUUGCAAACUAAAAAAAAACCACUGCAAUUUUCAUUGGUGUUCUACUUGUUUUCUUUCAUAGCAGGCUUGUAUAUCUCAGUGCUUUGGAAUAGAAGAAGGAUGGAAAAAGUAGAGAAUAGAAUCCCUACUUCUAAAUAUUCAGUUUAAUUCUAAAUGUGUUGCAUUAUCAUUUGCAAAUAAAUAUUUCAUUUAACUUUUUAAAUUUCAGCAAAUCAUUUAAUAAAAUUUUUCUAGUUCAAGUUUGAGUGGAGACCCUGAUUGAAUUUAUUGUUAUUUUGUACAUGUAUAGUGGUUCUUCAAUGAAAAUAAAAAUGUAAAUAUUACUCUUAAAUCUUUUUAUUUCAAUAUUAGCUAAUUUUACUAUCUCGAGUAGUAAGUACAGUUAGUUAGGGACAAUUGAAGUCGGCAGAAAAUAAUGAAGAAUUAUAAACAGUUUUGAAUGAAUUGAGAUUACAACCUAGCUAAUGUAAUUAUUACCCUCUCAUUUGUAUACUUUUCAAGCUACCCUUCUGCAUUUCUAUAAAUAGCUUUAACUCACUUUCUGUACAUAAAUUAAACCUACUUAAUGUAAAAUAAAGAAGUGUGUGUUCUAACAAUAUAUAAAUUUAAGCGGAUUAUAUUAUUUAUAUUAAGAUAUUCAGUAAAGGUAUUUGUUAAUAUUAAGUACGUAAUUUAUAGUAGGAGAAAUGUAUUAAAGUAACAGUUUUAUUAGUAAAUUGCUUUUGUAUAGAAUAUUUAUAUACCUAGUGUGCUUUUGUAGGUUACUUAUAGAAGAAUUUUUUCAUUAAAGAUCUUGUGAGAUAGUAAUUGUUGUUUCAGUGUCUCGUAAUAUAUUUUUUAUCAUUACAAGUUCUGGUUUCUGUGUAUC